AUGUACUAUUUCUUCCAGAGAAGCAACCAGUGUAUGAACUGUUACCAGCAGGGGAGGAGAUGGCUCACAGACUCAGAGGAACGAAACCAGGACAAAUUGUCCACAGUCAAGUAGACAAAGCAAGUUCAAAAUCAACUACUUCUGCAAAACCACAGCGACCGAAGCCAGCAGAAGUUCCAGUUGAAGAAGACAGGGCACUCUACACUAAUGACAAUGGGUCUGAUGGCAUUGUUCUGCUGGUUGACAUCCGAGAGUGGGGAGGAGACAGAGUCAAGCUGGGUGAACUGCAUCGGUACCUGUGCCGGUUGGGGGUCCGACAUCGCACCGCGUCGCUCCAGUGUGGAGACUACAGCUGGGUGUGGAAGUGUGGAGGUGUGGAGCAUGUCUUACCUGUGUUAGUGGAGAGGAAAAGGGCAGAUGACCUAGCCUGGAGCCUGAAGGAUGGGCGUUACUUCACCCAGAAGGACAGGAUGUUGGAUUUCAGGCGUAGGUUCAGUCCCUACAGCCUACACUGCAGUCUGAAGUACAUUGUGGAGUGCACACCUGAGCAGUACAUGGUCAGGUGUGGCGAUGGCUGCAGGGGCGUGGCCAGGUGUGGCAACCCCACAGUGGAACAGGUCAAUAAUGUGCUAGAAGAACUUGAUGCCAGUGAUGACUUUGACCUUGUGAGAACUGAGAACAUCGAGGGCACAGUCGAGUUCCUGGCUACAGUAACAGCAGAGCUUCAUCAAAGGUGA